CCUAGCGGUAAAGCCAAGGAACAGCGUUAGAGAGUGUAAACUAUGUGCCAAGGUUACUUAUUAAACUUCAUUCACUUCUCUUCAGGGAACUGUGGAGGAGACCUCCUCCUCAAGGCAUGCUCACCUCUUGCAUCUGAAAAUGGGUGAUUUCAGCAACAGGACAGCAACCGUAGGUGAUGACGGUGUCAUAUCGGUUGUCCCUCGAAGGGAGGACGUCGGACGCGACGUUUUGAGUACAGUUGACAAUGAGAAAGAAGAAGAUGAUGAACGAACAACUGAAAGGAUUCAUCUUCAAAGUUUGGAUAACUGUCACGUACCUGACGAUGGAGGCGAUUCAAUGAUACGACGGACCACCAGCAAACCUAACCCCACUCCCCACAAGCGACUAUGUUUGGCCAUGUGUUGCGGAGAAAGUAAUCCCAACACUGCGGGCACCGGGGGGACCUCAUUGCCGAAAGCUCCAGAAAAGAAACCAGCUUGUGCCGGCCUUGGCAUCGUAUAUGCUCUACUGUCAUCAGUUUUCUUUUCCAUUUUGGCUCUUCUUGUGAAGAAAAUAGAUGGGGUACAUGCUGUGGAAAUAAGUGCAAUACGCUGCUUCUUCCAGAUGGUCUUUGUACUACCUGCGUUGAUUUAUUAUGAAACUGGGUUCCUUGGACCAAGAGGCCAGCGAUUUUUUUUGUUUUUGCGAGGGUUGCUGGGCUCGAACGCCAUGAUCCUGCUGUACUACGCUGUGCAGCAGAUGCCCCUGGCCGACGCGACGGUGAUCGUUUUCAGCAACCCGGUGUUCACCUCCUUGCUGGCAUGGAUGUUCCUCAAGGAGAAGUGCACCGUCUGGGACUUCCUCUUCACCAUUUUCACGCUCACGGGUGUCAUACUGAUAGCCAGGCCGCCGUUCCUCUUCGGCUCCCGGGUCUCGGGGAUAGAGGGCGAGUACACCAACCACAUCAAGGGCACCAUCGCCGCGUGCGGUGCCGCCUUCUGCGCCGCCUGCACCAUGGUGGUGCUCCGGAAGAUGGGCAAGAACGUCCACUACUACCUGUCCGUCUGGUACUACGCGGUCAUGGGCCUCAUCGAGAGCAUCAUCGCCAUGCUGGUCAUCGGCGAGUGGACCCUGCCCUUCUGCGGCAGGGACCGCUGGUUCCUCAUGUCCAUCGGGGUCCUGGGGAUCAUCGGGCAGACGUUCCUCACCAAAGCCCUUCAGCUGGAGAAGGCGGGGCCCGUGGCCUUAAUGCGGACCAUGGACGUGGUGAUGGCCUUUAUGCUCCAGUUCCUCUUCCUCAGCCAGUACCCGACGUGGUGGAGCCUGGGCGGGGCCCUGUGCAUCAUCUGCAGCACGAGCGGGGUGGCCCUGAGGAAAUGGUUCAACAGCGCCAAGAAGAACAGACGGAACGGGCGCAAUUGCACACAGAGUAAUAUAUAAUCAAACAUGUCAUCGCUCACGUGGUAUGAAAGGAACUAGCAGUCCUAGAGAGGACAGCAUUUUAAUUUUCAUCACAUAUAUACAGUACAGAAUUUAUUUUCAUUCUGUCAACCAAAGAAACACCAUAUAGUAACAAUAUUACUGGAAGUACAAUGGUAAAUGAAGUCUGCUUAUUUCUAUUGAAACGCACAACAUUCUGAAAUUCCUCUGUUACACUGUAGGUUCCAUGCUACUUGAAGCACACUUUAUUACACUGGCCAACGUCCCAGUGGAGCUUAAGCUUUAGCAGAGAGUAAGCUGUUGAACUUCACCAAAAAAUCACCAAAAUGAAUAACUGGACAACGCUAGGUUUAGGUUUUGGGUUUUGUUUUCCAAAUGAAGCUUCAAACCUUUCGAUGUCAGUGCAUCAGUGAUAUUUGGAAAACAUAAGAAUGGUGUAGUGUAUAUACUUCACACAUUGUGUAGAAACCAGCCAUGCAAAUUUGGGAAAAGGGAAGAAGAUAUCAGUUAAAAUUUUAUUUCAAGAUUCAAAGGUAGGCAAUAGUUAUUCCACUUUAACAUUUUUUCCUUGGGUUAAAUUUUUUUUUUUCUCAUGAAUAUAUCCAGUAUGUUUAAUGUUUAUAUGGGCAUGAAGUAUUUAACAGCACUAGGCCAGAUAUUUUAUUUGAUAAGUACACUGUAACCAUUCUCAUUUUCUGUUAGGAAAAGCUAAUUAAGCAUAAUUGCACUUGCUGUCUUUUAUAAUAUUUUUUGUACAUUUUUUGUCAUUCUUUGUACUGUAUGUCUCCCAGUUUCAAAUGCCAUCUUACAGAAUAAUGUUUCUGGGUGGCACUGGGAUCUCGUGACUGGUUUUUCUGUUUUAGUCUAUUUUUUAAAUUAUUUUAUUUAUUAAUUCUCUAGUACUGGUUUUAGCUCCCACUGUGGGAAUAUGGUAUUUUGCCUUAAUUACACACUGCUGAAGAUGGAUUAUGAAAUCUUUCCUGCAGCAUGUAAUUAAGCUAAAGGAGUAUAUUCCCACUGUGGGAAUGUGUUGUUUUGCCUUAAUUACAUGCUGCAGAAGAUGGAUUAUAAAAUUGGUCUGUUUUUUAUUAUACAGGAAAUGUCCUUCAUAACUUCAUGGUGAUUUCACAAUGAGAAAGAUGCAAACUUUUGUCUAAUUUUCUUCAUUGAAGAGUAAUAUAUUAGUUCUUAGUGUGAUUUGAUUUCUCAUAUUACCUCGUCACUGUUUGCUUAGGUGUCACAUAUUGCUUGGGCAACAUGUAACCAAGGGCUUUUUAAAUGUCUGAGUAAACAGAGAUGAACACAACAUGAAAGUCAUGAAACAGUUAUGCAGUAAUAGAUUUUACUGGAUUUAUAUCCUUCAUAAUAUAUGUAUUUACGCAAAUAAUUAUUUCUAAAAGGAAAGACUGGAUAGAGAUUUUUAUACAUCUGUAUUCACAACUGUGGGCAAGGUGCUCCUAUCCUUUUUAUGAAGUAUCAAUAAUGUGUUAUUUUAAUGUGUUACAAUUGUUUCUCUCUUAGAAAUAUAAAUCCACCCAUCAUCUGGGCACCCAUAUAAUUUUAAGUAAUUUUACAAGUAUUGCAAAUGUGUAGUAUUUUGUAAGCAUAAUUAUGCAAUUAUUUAUACUGUACUGUUCAAAGAUAUAUUUUGGAUUAUAAGAAAUUUCAUGAAGAAACAUAAAGAUAAUUGUGUAUUUUCUUUAUGAGGUCUACUCCCCAACAUUAAAUAUGUUCAAUACUA